AUGCCUCGAGUAAACACGUUGAGCAAAACUUCAUUAUCGAACCUUCCUUCGGAUAUUCCAAAGAUCAAUAUGCCGUUUCCACCAAAGAUAACGGCAGAAGAAUUCAUCCGUGAUCGACCACUUUCCAGAUUACAUUUCAAACCACCGAAUUCAUUCUUUAUUUACAGAAAAUUGUUUGUAAGGCAACUAAAAUUGGAAAACUAUAAUGAUAAGAUGAUAAGGGUCAGUAAAUGGGCAAGCUGGUUUUGGUCCAAUGAACCGAAAGUCGUUAAGGAAUAUUACAAAAAUAUCGAGAAAGAUAUUCAAAAAUUAUUAAAAGAAAAGCGUCGAAAUAAUAAUCAACAAUCCGUCUACCCUAGAUUUAUUUUUGAAUAUCCUAAUAAAAGUAAAAAAAAGGAUUCAGACGACACCUUGCGAAAUAAAACUUCUCCGAAAAUCGAAAAUUCACGUUAUUUCAGCUUCAGUGUGGUGAAUCAUCCUAAGGAAUUUUCAGAAUUUAUUAAUUAUGAUCAAAUCACCCCGGAAUUUUCGAAACCUGGUAAUGAUGAUGGUCCGCUUACACCAACUUAUCCCGAAGAAGACUUUAUUUCCUUUAAUUUUGAAGAACCGAAGAAUUUCUAUCCACCGUACAUCAACUCAUUACCCAUUUAUUUGCCAAACCCGUUGUAUAACAACAAUACACCUUUCUCAUUCGUUGAGGACAAUAACCCAGAAUCUUGUUUUAAGUUGUUCGAUGAUAAUUUCAAUUAUCCUAUAUUCUUUCCUAACGUUACCGACCAAUUAAGUAUUCCAUGGAACGAAUUCUUAAACAUCUAA